UCUUCCCCUUUCCAGUCCGCCCUCAUGGCGCAGCUGCACCGCUCCGACUGGAGGAAAAAGCUGGUGCCCGUGUACCUGCCCGGGAACAUGGACAACCCGCCUUUGCUCCUCGCCGGCCUGCAAGGGUUCACGCUGGGCAACGACAUCCACACGGUGGAACUGGUGAAUGGUGUUAUCCCGGUGGACGAACAGCUCCGCACACGACAGCAGCGGCAGCGGGCCGAGGCCAACUUCCUGGAGGAGCUGCGGCAGGGGAGGCUCCAGCGCCUGAAUGAGAUCCGCGAGGUGGUGGCUGAGCUCCGGGAGCAAUUCGGGGAAAACCACGACCCCACGGGAGCUCUGGGACAGAUCAGUGAGCAGCUGAGAUCAGCUGUCUACGACGCGAGCGGCAGUGGAGCGAGUCAGAUCGUCAACGUCUCCCAGAGCGCCUCCGUCAGCGUGGGUCCUUCCUUUCAUAUCGCGGUCCACGUGCAGAAGGACACCCCGCCCUCAUCGCGACCCGGGACGCCCUUCAGCGACGAUGAUUUCUUCAGCUGUUCUGAAUCUACUUCUGCAUACCAUUAAUGCUUUCUCUAAGCUUUCUUUUUUUUCUGCAAUGCUCUCCUUUUUUUUCUCUCUCUCAUUUUCUCUCUUUCGUUUGUAAUGUAUUCGUAUCGUGUUUUGAUUGCCAUUUACCUGUGAUUAACUACAUUUUUGUCUUUAAUGAAGACCUACUCACUAGGGUUGUGUCCAAGUACCUGGAUAUUUUUCAUGUGCAAGUGCAGUCACUUUGUUAUGUACAUAAGUCCAAGUCAAAGUACAUGUCAUUGUACUUAAGUACAAGUACAAGUACUUUCUUAAAGCACGAAAGUUAGUCGUUUUCGUUUAUACACAAUAAUUAGUAUACUGUUACAAAGUGGGAUUCGAUAUAGAAAAGUAUAUGGAAAUUCUACAUUAAUUUUAGCACGUUCAUCCCAGAAGUACAAAACAAAAAGACAUACUUCAUGAGUGACUUGAAUAAAUAACAUUCCCUAUGCUGCAAAUGCAAGACUAUCCAUAUAUUUCUCAUAUCAGUAAUAAAUCAAAAAUUGUUGUAGAAAAUAAGGGUAUCAGGGCAAUAAAACUUGUCACUUGUUCUAUACUAAUAAAAUAGUUCUAUAACUAAAACUAACAGAUAAAUGCAGAUGAUUUUAUUGAACGUAAAUUUGUUUAAUUUUCCUUUUGUGACUUUUUCCUGUAGUACAAAAGUAAUCGUAGAACAACUUCAUAAAAUAAUUUUGCCAAUAGUAUUCAAAACAAGAUUUGAUAAAUCUUAGUUGCAUAUUUGCUCUUUUAAAUAAGGUAAAGAAAAUAAAUAAUUUGCUUGCAAUAAGAAAUACACACAAGUGAGCUUCUUAAGGUGCAUCAUCAUUGGACUUUAUGAACAUCACACUUUCGAUGUUUUUGUCAGUCAGACGACAUCUGUCAGGCUUAGACACUUUUUUCCAGCAAUGCUUGAAAUGGCUUUUCAACAGGAGCAGAAGGUGCAGGUACUACCAAGUAUUUCGUGUUUGCGUUGGUUGAAAGCUACAUCCUUGGAGCAGAAGAGUUUCGCUUUGCAAUGCUUACACUCAAAAUUCCCAGCUUUAUCGUCGGGUUCAGUAAAGUGGUCCCAGAUUCAUGAAAUCUUGUUGACUCCUGCUUGUCUGCUGCUGCUGUGAGUGAUACCGACAACCGAGGUGAAGGAGUGGAGAGUGGAGAGUGAAAGGAUUAAACGCGUUAACGCUUUUUAAGUAAUGAGGUGCUGUACCGGCCCUGUACUACAGCAUGCUACUAAUUGAGAAAAUACGACAUAAUUAUGCUCAUUUACCCUAUAUUACACUACAAUACCAUAACACCUAAUAAACGUAUUUACCCAAAAGUAUCAUCACAAAUUCUAUAUUAUAACUUUUACCUAACUAUUAUGUACUCAUUUGUGUUCGAAUGUAAUUGGUAUUUUUUAAAGUACCUUGGGUCUAAGUACAAGUACAAGUAUAUGUACCAAUGAAUUUUUAAACACCAAGUACAAGUACCAAUGAAUUUUUGAAACACAAAGUACAAGUACAUAAAAAUAUAUAAAAGCAUGUACUUUGUCCAAGUAUACGUACAUGUCCUUGGACCCAACCCUGCUUCUUAUUGUACCGCAGAUUCUCCAGUGAAGACACAAAGUAAAUAUAAAAGUACUGUUAUUAUUA